AUGGGCAAGAAGCACAAAAAGCACAAGUCCGAAAAGCACGGAUAUGAAGAGUACGGAGAGAGACCGCUGAAGCUGGUGUUAAAAGUGUCUGGAAACGAGGUGACUGCGGGAAGCUCGAGCCUGGACACAUUUUACGACGAGCAGCCGGCGGACUAUGACAAACCCAAAGACAAGAAGAAGAAAAAGAAGAAGGAUAAAGAGAGGAGCUUUGGGUCACCGGAGGAUGACAGAGGAAAGAAAAAGAUGACAAAAAAGAAGAAGGGACAAGAUGCAGAUGGAGACGAUGACAGAGAGCAAAGCAGAACUCCUAUCCGUUCAGAGCUGGAUAAACUGGAAGAGAAAGAGCAGACCCCUCUGCAGGAAGCUUUGAACCAGCUCAUCAGGCAGCUGCAAAGGAAAGACCCCAGUGCGUUCUUCUCGUUUCCAGUGACAGACCUCAUUGCUCCUGGCUACUCUUCGAUUAUCAAGCGUCCUAUGGACUUCAGUACAAUGAAGGACAAAAUAAAGAAAGAGUGCUAUCAGUCAUUGGAUGAACUCAAGGCGGAUUUCAAGAUUAUGUGUGAAAACGCCAUGAUUUACAACAAACCUGAGACAAUCUACCAUAAAGCCGCUCGGAAACUGUUACACUCUGGAAUGAAGAUCUUGAGUCAGGAGAGGCUGGAGAGUCUGAAGCAGAGCAUAGAGUUCAUGUCUGGCCUCGACCCUUCUGCCAAACAACCAGGGAAGUCUGAGGAACAAGGGGGCACCAGCCUGGACCAGAACAGAGAGGGACCCACAACCACAGACACCAGCGAGAGCUCCCAGACGCCUAGCACACCCAGACAGGAAAAGGAGUCCAAGGACGAAGCUGCGAAGGCAGAGAAAGAGCUGGAGGAAAUCCGCAAGGUCAUUGAGGAGUCUGGAGGAAAGCUGUCCAACAGAGUCCUGCAGUGUGAUUUGGAGUUUGCGAGGCGGAAGUCUGAUGGCUCCACCACUUUGGCUAUCCUCAACCCAGCAGAUCCAUCAGCAGGAGAUGUUGGUUACUGUCCUGUGAAACUGGGCAUGAUGUCCAACAGGCUGCAGAGUGGUGUGAACACCUUGCAGGGCUUCAGGGAGGACAAGAGGAACAGGAUUACUCCAGUGUCCUACAUGAACUACGGGCCGUUCACCUCCCACGCACCCACCUACGACUCCAGCUUCGCCAACAUCAGCAAGGAGGAUUCUGACCUUAUCUACUCUUUCUAUGGAGAGGAGUCCAGUCUGCAGGGCUUAGACAGUUUGUCAGAGUUCCUGGCCAAAUCGGAUGAGUAUGUGUACAAACUGGCAGACAAUCUUCUGGACGCAAUUACUAACGGAGAGCAUUCAAAAACACUCAAGGAGAAAGAGCCACAGGGGGAGGAGACAGCAAUUAUGCAAGAGGAAAGGGAUGAAAAUGAGGUAGCUGAACCUGAGGCAACCAACUGCAGCAGCCUCGACGCGCUGCGCUCUGCUGCAGGCCUGCAGGUGGCUGAGGAGCUCUCGCGGGAGGCCCUGCACUUCCAGCAGAAAUUGGAUGAGACUACAAAGCUGCUGCGCAACUUGCAAGAAGCACAGAGGGAGCGUCUGAGCGCCAAGCAGCCUCCUAACAUGAUCUGCUUGCUGGCCCCGACUGCCAAGGAGUUGGAGCUGGCUGAGAAGGUGACUGGGAACCUGGCCGAGCUGACCGGACAAGUGGCCCCGUGUGACGUCAGCAGCAUCUACGGCAUCAGGAAGGCCAUGGGCAUCGCUGUACCUCCAGAACCCCCCGAGCCCUUCAUAGACCUCACUACAGUGCAGGAGAUGGCUGAACCAAUGGAGACCUUGUCCACUUGUCAAGAUGCGGUUCCGGUCGUCGCUGUAAAAUGAAACUUCAACUACUCCCAUUCAGUUUAAUAACUUAUGUUUUGUACAAAAAUGUGCUUUUGUGACAUUUGUAUGCAUUUCAUUCAAUAAACCACUUUUUUAUAUAGAGA